AUGGCCGAUUUCACCGAUGACUUAGGACCGACACUUUGGAUUGUGAAUAGUGUCUUUACCAUGGUAGCGACGGUUACUGUCAUCGGCCGACUCGCGGCUCGAAAGGUUCGCCGAAUGGCCUUUGGAGCGGAUGAUUGGAUUAUAUGCAUUGCAUUGCUACUGAAUUGGGCUAUGUUUUCUCUUGCCGCGAGAGCCCAAAUCCACGGAAUGGGAAAACACAUCUCAACCCUAUCCCCAUCCCAAAUAAAAACUUUCACCAAAAACCUCUACUUCAUGCAAAUAACCUACGUCCCCGCACCCCGGCCAUAA